CGCUCUUGCACACGCAUUCACACCACAUCCACACACACGCAUGCACGUGCAAACUUCCACAGUCGCACCCACACCAGCGGCCAGUCCAGGUCUGAAACCCGUCAAAAGCCCCGCUGGAUCCUCACAUCGCCUGUCAGCAUGCGGAGCGCUUGUUUUUCCCGGGACGUUUGUUUGUUUAUCCUCCUCAUAAAUACUUGCAGGGUGAUGGGGAAUGUCGGACUCGCAGAUGCAGACGAGUGUGCAGAAGGUUCAGACGACUGCCACAUCGACGCCCUCUGCCAGAACACGCCCAACUCUUACAACUGCAUCUGCAAGCCGGGCUACACUGGAGACGGGAAGCAGUGUGAGGACGUGGAUGAAUGUACAAAUGACUACAAUGGGGGCUGUGUCCAUGAAUGCAUCAACAUACCUGGGAACUACAGGUGCACCUGCUACGAUGGAUUCAUGCUGGCCCACGAUGGACACAACUGUUUAGAUGUGGACGAGUGUCUGGACAACAACGGAGGAUGCCAGCAGGUGUGUGUGAACACAAUGGGAAGCUACGAGUGUCAGUGUAAAGACGGCUUCUUCCUGAGCGACAACCAGCACACCUGCAUCCACCGCUCUGAUGAUGGAAUGAACUGCAUGAACAAAGACCAUGGCUGUGCUCACAUCUGCAGGGAAGCUCCCUUCAAAAGCGGGGUGUCAUGCGAGUGCCGGCCUGGUUUUGAGUUGGCCAAAAACCAGAAAGACUGCACAUUGACUUGUAACUAUGGAAACGGAGGGUGCCAGCACACAUGUGAAGAUACGGACACAGGGCCGGUUUGUGGCUGCCACCAAAAGUACGCCCUGCAUUCAGACAGCAAGACCUGCAUCGAGAAAGAUGAGGCUGCAAUUGAGAGCUCUGAGUUCAAUGCCACGUCAGUAGCUGAUGUGGACAAGCGGGUGAAACGGCGGCUACAUAUGGAGAGCUGCGCUGUAAACAAUGGUGGCUGCGACCGCACCUGUAAGGACACAGCUACAGGGGUCCGCUGCAGCUGCCCUGUGGGAUUCACUCUGCAACCUGAUGGCAAAACCUGCAAAGAUAUUGACGAAUGCGAGGAGAACAACGGAGGCUGUGAUCACUUUUGCCGAAACACGGUGGGCUCCUUCGAGUGCAGCUGCCAGAAAGGAUACAAACUUCUGACCGAUGAACGAACGUGCAAAGACAUCGAUGAGUGCUCCUUUGAGAGGACCUGCGACCACACCUGCAUCAACUAUCCUGGCAGCUUCGAGUGCCUGUGCAACAAGGGAUACAUCCUCUAUGGUCUCACACACUGUGGAGAUGUCGAUGAGUGCAGCAUCAACAACGGCAGCUGUGAGUACGGCUGCUUGAACACGCAGGGCAGCUACGAGUGUGUGUGUCCGCCGGGACAGAAGCUCCACUGGAACAAGAAAGACUGCAUCGAGGCUGUGAAGUGUCUACCUAAUGGAAAGCCUGCUCCGCGAGCCCAGCUGGUCUGCACUAAGAGCGGAGACGCAGAGGUCUGCUCGCUCUCCUGUCCCUCCAACGCUCUCUUCCUCGCAGACUCAGAGAACUACACAUUAAGCUGUGGAGUUCCCAUCCAGCCUGAUCCGCUGGCCCCGCCCAUCAAGCAGAAGGCCAAGUUUAAGAUUAAAGAUGCCAAGUGUCACCUGAGCCCGCGCAGCAAGGAGAAACACAAGGACUCCUCCAGGCAGAACAUCCAAGGAGGGCAGUUUCCCUGCACCGAUGACUGCCAGGUAACAUUCGUCAACCUCAAGUGUGAUUCAUCAAAGAAGCGGCGCAGAGGGCGCAAGUCUCCGUCCAAAGAGGUUUCCCUCAUCACAGCAGAGUUUGAGAUGGAAAUGAAGGAGGAGGAAGCCUCAGACUCGUGUAACAUCGAUUGCGUGCGGGACAAGAUGAGGCAGAAGCUCCAGAUCGCCAUGCGGACACUGAGGAAGUCCAUUAACAAGCAGCAAUUCUACAUCCAGUUUUCUGGUACUGAGUACGAAGUGGCCCAGAAACCAUCCAGGAUCCCAGAAGGAGCCGAUACCUGCAGCACUGGUCAGGUCUUCCAGGACGGGAAGUGUGUGAGUUGUGGUGCAGGGACAUUUUACAGCGGUGAGCAGGAGCAGUGUGUUCAGUGUCCUCCUGGAACGUACCAGGACAUGGAGGGACAGCUGUCCUGUGAGCCGUGCCCCAGCACUGAAGGACAGGGCAUCGCCGGUGCCAAGAACGUGUCUCAGUGUGGAGGUCAGUGUCCCGCAGGACAGUUUUCCACUGACGGCUUCCGGCCCUGCCAGCUCUGUCCUCUGGGCUCCUACCAGCCAGAACCAGGCCGAGUUCUGUGCUUUCCUUGUGGAGGAGGCCUCAUGACCAAAUAUGAAGCUUCUGUCACCUUCAGGGACUGUGAGGCCAAAGUACACUGCGCUCCUGGACACUAUUACAACUCCAGUACCCACCGUUGCAUCCGCUGCCCAGCGGGGACAUACCAGUCUGAGUUUGGCCAGAACUACUGCAUCAACUGUCCUGGGAACACCACCACCGACUUUGACGGUGCCACCAAUGUGUCUCACUGCAAAAACCAGAUGUGUGGAGGGGAACUGGGAGAUUAUACCGGCUACAUCGAGUCUCCCAACUACCCUGGAGAUUACCCAUCAAAUGUGGACUGUGUCUGGACCAUAAUUCCACCGCACAAAAGACGAAUCCUCAUUGUGGUGCCAGAGAUCUUCCUUCCCAUUGAAGAUGAGUGUGGAGAUGUGCUGGUCAUGAGAAAGAGUGCGGUGCCCACUUCCAUCACAACCUACGAGACGUGUCAGACGUAUGAGCGACCCAUAGCCUUUACCUCUCGCUCUCGCAGACUUUGGAUCCAGUUUAAGUCAAACGAGGGGAACAGUGGCAAAGGCUUCCAAGUUCCAUAUGUCACCUAUGACGAGGACUACCAGCAGCUGAUAGAAGACAUAGUGCGAGAUGGUAGACUUUAUGCAUCUGAGAACCACCAGGAGAUACUCAAGGACAAGAAGUUAAUAAAAGCCCUGUUUGACGUACUCGCCCACCCCCAGAAUUACUUUAAGUACACAAGUGCAGAGUCCAAAGAGAUGUUCCCUCGCUCCUUCAUCAAGCUGCUGCGGUCCAAAGUGACCAGGUUCCUGCGACCAUACAGCUAGACUGAAAAUCUUCUUGCACUUUCUUGUUAGAUCCUUGUGAUCCUGCGUCAUUCCAGACCCUCCGUCCUACAUGUAACACUGAAUCCCUGAUCAUCUUCUGCCCGCAUUCAGGAUUUCACCCAAUUUGUGGUGAAAAAUCCAGAUUUUCUGUACCUGUCCUCAAUCUCUGUUGUCACAUGAUGCCUUUCAACGUCUUGAAUACAGAACUGUAAGCCCCACCCUUUAUAGUAACUGUACACUUAAACAUCCAAAGUUUGACAAGUAUAGGUUUUUAGAGGCCAGUAAUUAUUGUGUUGUAGAAAUGUGUAUUAGUAUUUAAUUUUGUAAUAUAUUUGUUCCUUAUAUUUCAGCAAAGAGAGUUAUAACCCUAAAUACACCAAUGUAAAAACAUCUAUAGUUUUAAUUAAUGUCCUACAGAUACAGAUUGAAAGCACAGUGUUGAUGAAGCUAAAGAUAGUGUACUCAAUAGCUGAUCUUAGUAAGAUCAUCUUACUACGUCUAAAAUUAUCUUUAUUCCACAAAUGCUGAUAAACAUAAAUUGUUGAUUAAUUUAUAUGCUUAUUUUGAUCUGAUAGUUUGAUCAAGCUAGCUUGCUGGCUAGUUAGUUUAGCUAGCUCGCUAGCUUGCUAGCUAAAAAUUAUUGUCCAAUAGAAAUAACCCGUACAGCAAUUUACUCGAUAUACUAGCCUACAUAAACUGGAGAGAAACGGAAAUUGGUGGCCAAGAAUUUGUAAAGUAGGUAUUGAUUUACGCUAGUAUAAUUAUUACAUUAUACUGCAGCAUUUCAAUCUGCCAUGUCUCAUCCACAUUGGUGAGAAAAGAGUUGAUUUAAAAAAAAAAAAACAUUUUACUAAAGGCAGUUCUUUACAAAAGUAUUCAGACUCCUUGCCCUUCAUUUUAGUAUGUCAACAUUUUGUGUAAAAAAACUAACACAGAGAAACACAUAAUUCUGAAGUGCAAGCAAAAGAAUCUAUGGUUUUCAAGCAAAGAGAAAAAUGUGUAAAAUAUAACCUGUAGCAUAGUUUGGAUCAUGAAUAUGUUUUUAUGACCACCUUUAGGUUUCCGCAAAUAAUGAUAGUUUCAUCCAUUGCAGUCAUGCUAGCUGUUUCUUCCUUGUCCAGUGUUUAUGCUAUGGAAGGUCUUCUUUGGCUUUGGCUCGUGGCUAAAGAUGUCGCAUUGAAAGGUUGUGCAGUUGUGAAGUCACUGAGAAGGGAUAGCUUGGAUUUUUGAAAUUACAUUCUGUGAGAAAAGUAACAGCUUUCCUGAAGUAUACAGAUGUCAGAUUGCAAUGAGUUGGUGGAAAACGAAAGAAAAACCAUUUGCAAAUGCUAAAUGCUUGUAAGCAAGAGUAUAUGUGACCCUUUAAUUCUGCAAAAUCACAUCUGUUUGAUCAGCGUCAGGGAGAUGCUGAUCAUCUCUGAAGCAGUUUACACACAUUUAGUUGAGCCUUUAUGAAUGCAUUUAAAGGAAAAACUUCUCAUAUUUAUGUAUAUUUCUCUAAUUUGCAACCAGAGCAAACUGUUUGGUACCUUUGAAUACUGAAAUAUCGGCUCUUUUUAUUUUUAUGAAGGUGGAAACUUGCAAGUCGUAUUUACGCACAAGCCUUACUUUCUUAUUCUCACAUUUAUAGUUACAAUACAUUUGUAGUAUAUUUGCAUGGAUUACAUAUAAAAUAUUACCAUAAUCAAAUGAAUCAAUUAAAGAAAUGCAUAAUUCAUUUCUUUUCUUACUAUGACGUCUUGAUGUGAAAAACAAUACUGUGACUUGCUCCUCCAGUUAAAUGUUGCUAAAGUUUUGUCUUGUCAGGUCACAACCUAGAGUUCUCUUUUUAUUGAAAUGAUAAAACAGUCAACUUUUCCCUUUGAUCCACUCUGCAUACUUGAGGCUUGAGAGAUGACAACUGCCUGCUGAUAAGAUAAAAAAGGGAUAAUUUCUUCAAUCAGCUGCAUGUAUUUAGUGCAAACUGCUUUGUGAAUCCAGUUAGUCUGUACAAAUUGUAGCAAGUAAAGGAGAUUGCGUUACUUUGUGAAUUCUCUCUUGGAGAAGGUUUACAGCUCUGGAACACCUGUGAGACAACAACUCAAAUUGAAACUAUUCAUUUAAACAUUACAGAAGCCAAUACUAAAAGUCUAAGUACUCUGAAGUUUAAGUAAGCUGUUUCAGACUGAUGCUAUAUUAGUUUGCUUCAUUAGCUGCUAUUUAUCUGUCUGUUCUACAUCCACUUGCUCCUGGUCUAACUAACUGAGCUAAAAGGUAAUCAUGGAUAAGUGGUUAUUACUUACUAAGAAGUUGUGCAUAGCAUCAAAUUGUGUCUGUGUUAAAACAACAAUAAAAAAAGAUUAUUAUUUGGAUAUUACAAAGUGAAUUUGAAGAUCCCUUUAAAUCUUACGUUUAAUUCUAAUAAUAUAAAAUCCUUUAUAUUUAUCUGCAUUUCUCAAUGGAUUUUCUCAAAAACAAAUUUAAGCAUUUUAGAUCUCACCUUCGUGCUGAAACAGUACAGUCUUGUGCUCUUCCAGGUGUUGUAGUUUUGGGGUAAUUAUUACUUUUGCUAACAUAUGAUCAGCUGAUUUGGUGGAUUGAUACAGUCUGAUCCUAUGUCACGUUAGUUACAUAGACCUGUUAGACCUAACAAAGAAAGCGUGAAAGGUUAUUAUCCACUAAUAUGGCAUUGUACUCAAUGAGAUAUGAAUAUUUUUAAACAGCUUAAACAUGGGCUCUAUCUGGCUAGCUAUUAGUCUUCCUUAGUUACUUUUUUUUCAAACUCACUGCAACAUGACAUAUUCUUAUUACUGUAACUAUCAUGGGUAAGAGUAAUAAUAUUUGCAAUACCUUCAAAAACAUCCAAGCUAUCCCUUUAAGCAUUGUCACGGCCUCUUUGAAAUAUGUAAUUAAGCUUUCAUUAUACAGUCUGUUUUAUUAUACAGUGGUUCUAAUAGAAUAAUAUUAAUCCUGAAUUAUUAGUAAUAACAACAGGCUUGUAUUAGCUAACCAAUAUCAGCUUCUGCUGUGUCCAUUAAUCUUUACUUUCUUAUGUUUUUGCCCUCUACCUCCAACCUCCUCCACGGCCGUUUAGCAAUGCUUUGCUCUGUCUUCUGUUAUGUUGUCAUGUUGUUACCGAACGUUGGGAUAUGUCUGAACAAUGCACGGACACAUCCAGUCAUAGAGUCAUGAUGUGUCAUUAGGAACUGACCCACAAAGAGAGUGCACAGGGGUAUUCCUAUAGCAUUCAUGACUUUGGGCUGAUGAGCAGAUGCGCUUAAAGUACUUAAAUGUGACAAAUGAAUUAAUUACAUCCCAACAAUUCCACCUUAGCCUGUGCUUCAUCCUUCUUAGCACAUGAACAGAUAACACCAAUUUGUUUUAUCUUUUUAUGAAAAAAAUAUAUACAUAACAAGAAGAGAUAAACUACCUAGAAGCGGCAAAGUGUUACUUUAGGGAGAAAUGUAUGUGAUUUAACUAAUAUUUGGAACAUUAAUUGCACUUGAAUUUUCUACUUUGAAAUGUUGAGGAUAAAAAAACAGUAAUUUUUUUGUGUUAGCUUUUUUGUGUUGUUUUCAAGUGUACCACAUAUGGUGGUGAUAAGUACGAUAGCUGUGUUUCCUCUUAUGCUAGCUCCCUUGUCUUUAGCACCUGAAAGCUUGUUAGCUAACACAGCUUCCACUCAGCCAGAGACUAUACAUUUGUAGGAAAAACUAAACAAUUGUUAAAACACCAUUAGUUGCAAUCGUGAUUAGAUGUUGUCUUUGGUAUUGUUUAAUCAAUCCGUCGUACCAUUGUAGGGGAAUUGUGUCAUUACAAACAUGGUCAAUUUUCGUAAACGAUUGAGAAAAAAAAUGCUUGUGUCUCACAAUGUCUCAGAACGAUGCGAAGAACGCCAAACACCGAACGGCACCGUGUUUGUUGGUGAAAGUGUUUAUUUGUGAAAGAAAGGCACAUUCGGGAUACAUAGAGAGAUAGAGCUACGACGUCAUCGUAUCAAAAGAGACACCGCUCGGAUGUACACACUGACACAUGAAACCGGCAUUUUUAAUUUUUCCACUCUGGGUAUUUGUUAUCUGGUCUCCCAAGAAAACAGAUCCAUGUGCACACAGCUAAACUUAUCUCGCCUGUCUAAUUAGCUUAGUUUAGCCUAGCCUAACUAUCAGACAGAUGACUGCAUUGGACUCUAUGAUAGUUUGGGGUAUAGAGGAGUUUAUUGUCAACUCUGUGACUAAAACAUGGAAAGAUCCUGUGGUCCAAUUGUGUCUCCAUGAACCGUAACAUUUCAUUUGCUAACUGAGUCCCUAGGAAGACUGGAAACGCUCCUAAAUGCUUUCCACUUGUGAGUAAUCCUUCUCACGGCUGAAUGGCGGUCCUUGCUUGCUCUUACAGUCCUCCUUUGAUAAACGAGUGGUGGCGGUGGCUUCCCUAAAGUCAUUCCUGAUGCCUUUCCAUCAUGGCUCCAUGUAAACACAAACCGUACGCUCCAGGGUAUCCAUCUGCCAAAGUACCUCUGUUAGUAGAAGUUGACAUACUUGCUACAACUCAAACAUUGUUUCUGAUUGGCAACGUCUGAGAGUUGCUCCCCUUUGAAAUCCUACAGGAACAUCAAGAGUAUACUUAGGUUUUUUCCAUGACUGUAUGGAUAGUAUGGAAAAUGUCCCUUUCCCAUUUAGUAAGCUAAAUAUACAGAAACAUAGUCCUAUCAUUGGAUAUGUCACUCUUGCCAUCAUCACAGGUUGUGUUAGUAGCAAUGACCAGGUUUGGUUCUAUCUGUGGCUCAUUUGAACAGAUGUCUCCAAACAUUUGAUAAAAUCCAAACAAAGAAAUGUGUGCACCAGUUGUGUCCAAACUUGUUGACAUUGUGGCCAAAUAUGUCAAGUUGAAAGUACUCAGGGGCCACAAAAAUGUUCAACGUUAUUUUUAUUUUUUAUUAAAAGUAAAAAAAAAUAAAUAUGUUUUUACUUCAUUUUACCUGAGCUGAACGAUAAGCUAAACAUGCAAUAUUUUAAUGAAUCAAGCAAAGCUGUCUGACUUUGCCCGAAAAGGAAUCUGUAAAUUAUUGUAUAUCUGAAAAAACGGUUUCACGGAAUUUUCCUAGUCAAAAAACAAUAACAGUAUACAAUGUCCCAAAAUGUUCAGGUUGAUUAUCUUUGUCUAAUUUGUUAGUGUGUACAUGCGUGGGUGUGUGUGCGCGUGUAUUUUCAGCAACAACAACAGAAUAUAUAUACAGAUAUGGCUCGGUGCUCCCAGGUCUACUUUUUGAUUAAAGCCACUGGAUGUUUAAAGUCCCAUAUCCUGUCAAACUGAAUUACAACAAAACACCUGGUUGAUGAAAAAGUUAUUUUUUGAGUUGAACCUUGCUUUUUUCUAAACACUUUUAUAUAUCUGUAUAUUUUUUAUUUGAAAGGCCUCGUAUCGGUGUAAAUUGCUGCUUAACAUUUUCCUAAAUAUGAAUCUGCAUCAACCGCCUGGGCUGGCAAACUAAACUCACAGCAUUCUUGAAUUCUGGUCCAGGGAGCCACAAAAUCAAGAUGAGGGCCACAAACGAGGCAGCUUUGCUGCUUCACAGCCUGAAUGACUCGCUGUAAAGAAACAAUGAAAUCUGGUCUAUUGACUAGCUUCUGCAAUUCCUAUUAGGAAAUCAUGAAGGAGAAUGUCUGGCCAUCAGUUUGUGACCUUCAGCCCAAACACAUUUAAUGUACAGAAGGAAAAUUAUGCAAAACACGCAAGAAUGUCCAUCUGAACAAAACAGAAAAUUCAAGUUUUGAAGAGAUAACGCGCCAUGACUUCAAACGAACUGUUCAUUCUUUGAAUAUGACUGAAUUAAAAUGAAUUUGCACAUAUGAGUGUCCCAGUUAUUAGGUUUAUUUUUGUACUUUACCUUUAUUUAACCAGGAAAGUCCCACUGAGAUUAAAACCGACUUUCUCAAGGGAGUCCGUUGACAAAUGGAAUCAUCCUCUGAAAACAGACGUGUUUAAAUCGGGUUAGUUAUGUCUCAUUUUAGUAGCUGUUUGCUUAUCCGAAAUAGUUUUGGAAAACAAGAAAGGAAAAAAAAUCAGCAGAAAAUUGCGAGGUGGUAAUGACCUUUUCACUCCAAAGUAAAUAAUACUGGAGAUCAUUUAAUCCUUUUCUACAAACUGACUGGAAAAUUGGCAACAAUCAGGGAACUUUACUUCAGGUUCCUCACAUUUCUUCAUUUAUGUCGGCUGAGGAAUUGGAUAAUGAGGUGCUUUAGCAAAGUGUUAGCUUAAAAGUGUUCACACCUAUACAACUAUGCUAGAGGAGCCUUUAUAUGUCAUAUUUUAUCAUAUUUUGGUCCCAACAGAUUUGCUUGAUUUUCCAGUUGAAGUUCAGAGGUUUAUUUUCUCACUAAAUUCAACCAUAUUUACACUGUCCCGUCUGUAAACAUGGCAAACUGAGUGGAAAUGCCUCGUGGUUCUUACCUCUCCCACAGGGUAAUAUUAGGAGUCACGUUUCACCCUGCAGUAAUCGUCAAAGACCAAAUUCUUAAGAAUCCUCAGCGUUAACCUCAUGAAAUCAAACUAGUGCUUUGACAGAAUCAGCAGCCGUCCUAAUCCCAGUUCUUUACAUGGACCUUUGGGUCGGAGACAAUUGUGGCCUGUACUUCAUAGGACUAGUUGACAAACAUAUCAGGGGUGUAACAAUACUAGCUUCACUGCUGGGCACAUACCACGGUUUCUGGGCUGUGGUUUGGUGUAUGUUUGGUAAGAACAGGAAAAAGAAAGAAGCCAAAUGUUAGGUUUGUUUUAAUUUAUUUUAAAGGGGGAAUAAAAUACCCCACAAAAACAAACAGCAAAACAAGAUGCUUUUUUUUUUUAGUCGAGGUCCCUGAGUCAUGUGCACAGAAUGCAGAUGUUGGCUUGUUUUAAAUCACAAUGUACAGUAACAAAACAAGCUGAAAAACAUACUGCUGCUUAUUGAUUUAAUUUAUUCGAUGUCAUCGUUCACAACUUCUUCUGUUCUCUGAUUGGCCCAGUUGAAAUUCUACCACAGAAAUCCAUCUUUACCGGACAAAUCCCAGGCGGAGUCCUGGCGGGAGAUGAGAACCGAGCAGAACCGUGCAGGAAGACGACGGCCAGAACAGAUCCACAUAGAACAUAGACAUAAAAUAAACCUAAUUAUUGUUUUGAUGAGAGUGCGCUAAAUGUUCCUUGUGUUUGAUUGAGGGUAUUAGUAAUUUUAAAUUGUUAAUGCAGCUUCAAAUCUGCUGUUAGAAAACCAACAACUUACUUCAGACUGCUUACACACUCUGUAAAACACAAUUUGUGAUAUUAUUUUUUAUGUUUUUGUUGUAUUUUUUGUUACGACUAUGAAAAAUUUUAUGUCUUUAGUGUUUUUGUGAAGCAGAGCAGGAAAGGCGGAGCUAGCAUGUGACUCACAGCUUCAGUAAAGAGAAAUUAUGAAUUUUGAAGGAAUUUGAAUUGCAUUUAACUGUCUAUGCUCUAAAAUCUGAAGUUAUUGUACUAAUCAACGCUCAACGGGACAAUUCUAAUCCAAAACCAGAUCUAAUGAAAAACUAUCAACAUUUUGCUCUGUUUGUGAAACGACAAAAAGCAGGAUUCUACUUUUUCUUUUGGCAUUGGGAGGGAAGUCAAACGUAGACUUGUCUUGUUGACCGUGCGUCACGUCUUGUGAGCCGAAUGUAUUGUUACACCCCGAGUUGCAACCCUACAAGGAACGAAUGUAGUGAAUAUUUUGGGGGGAAUGAAGUAAACGCCCCAGUGUGUGUAUGCUCUGUUGCUCUUGUUACUCUGGUUACUUUCUCAAAGCCCUGGCUUCCACCCGCUCAUUUCAGUCCAGGUUUCACAACCAAAUACCUUGAUUGACUGUUUGGCACAUACUGCCCGACCAGAAUUCCUGCAUUUGUCCACAGAAAAACCCAUUUUAAUUAAUGAUGAUCUGAAUUCGAGUUCAGAAUCCACACACACACGCACAAAAAGGAAAGAUGGACUUUUAAGGCUCUGCCAGUUGUUACAGAGCGUACUAAAGCGAAGCUGAUGACUGGAAGGUAGGAAAUUAAUCUGAAAGCUUGGGCUUUGCAAAACACUUUGUGGUCAUGGGAAACUGUUAAAGUUAAUCGUCUGAAGCAUUCAGAACCACAACUAUGGUUCCACACGGGAACUGAGUGUGGACUUUCUGCUUGAAAUCCAAAAUACGGAAUUUUAGCAAAAGAAAAAAAAUGCCAAACCCAAAGUCAUUUUUCUAUCACUGGCUGAUAAUUUCUCCGUUAGGUAAUGUAACUUAUAAAUGUUAGUGCUUGGCAUAAGUUUCUGCUCCAGGUCUUGCUAACAAAUCGGUCUGCAAACCGAUAGUCCUCUUUGUGUUGUAGAGAUGAGCACUGUUUCAUGGAAAGUGGUGAGAAAAAGGGAUCAAAAAUGUCAAAAAUAACAACUCAAUAAAUUGGAGAAUGUAUCCCACCCUGGAUGGGCGUAUGCAUGUUGUAUGGAUGAGAGUCGUAGGAGUCUAUGUGCAGUGUGUGUGUUGAUGGGGUGGUGUUUCUAUGGAUGCCUGUGAAAAGAGAAAAACAGUCCACGUUGACUUUAGUCCCUUUUUGUAUAAGAAUAAUUUGAACUUUGUGUUAGUUGGUUGUACCCAAAGAGAGAAACUGUGACACAGUGUUGUGGCCGUUGUUUGCUCCGUGAAACUCCAGUACUGAACAAGUUCAAUAAACAGUAGCAGAAAAACA